AUGUCGGGCGCGCUCACGCUCGGACGCGAGGUCCAAGUCCGCGCGCGGAUCAAGUCGAUAUACAACAAGCGCCAGGUCGACUUCACCGCGCUGAAGGACUACAACGACUACCUCGAGGCGCAGGAGGACAUCAUCUUCAACCUGAUCGAGGGCGUGGACGUGAAAGAGACCGAGGCGAGGGUGGACGCGUACAGAAGAGAGCACGCGAGCGAGAUCGCGCGAUUGCAAAAGCGCAACGAGGAGGAGGAUCGACGGCUCGCGUCGGCGCGCGGCGUCGCGGCGUCCGCGGACGCCACCUGGGCGCCGCGGCGGAUGUCCGGCGCGGACAGCGCCGGCGAGGGCGAGACCCCCGCGCCCGCGCCGGGGGGGAAGGCCGCGUCCGGGUUCGCGGCGAUGUUCGGGUUCGGACAAACCCCGGGCGCGAGCGGCGGCGGCGGCGGUACAGCUGGCGGCGGCGGCGGCCCGCCGCGCGUCGUCUCAGUGAAACCGCCGACGCCGGCGCCGAUGUCCGCGGGUAAGGCGCUCGAGAUCGGGCACGGGCGGCACGCGCAUCACGCGGGGUGGGACGACGCGACGGAUAAGAGCGAGGAGGGGCAGCGGAGGAGGGAGGCUGCGAUCGCGUCCGCGUGCGGGGUGGACUUCGUCGCGUUGGGUCGGAGACGCGCGACGCAAGAGGCGCUGACGUCGGUGUUUUGUUAA